CAUUACCUUUUAUCUUCUCAAAUCUUCCAACCAUUAGUUCAUACCCAUUUGCACGAACACCAGCUCCUGUUCUCGAUCCCAAUGGCGCGGAUGUCACUAUGGGUGUCUGUUUUCUCUCUGCUUCUUGUUUUCCAAAUGAUACAGUCAGAAGAAGAUGAUGUUAAACUUGCAUUGAUCAAGUUCUAUAAUCAACUUUCUGGGGGAAGUGGCAAUCCCAAUCUUGGCUGGGAUAUCAAUACUGAUCCAUGCACCAACUGGACAGGUGUGUUUUGUAAUUCCAAAUUAACUGCUGUGAAGAAAAUAGUUCUCGAUAACAUGUUACUUUCUGGAACUCCUGAUGCGGACUCUCUGUGCGCCGCUGAGUCACUUACAGUUCUGAGCCUCAACAACAAUACCAUCACUGGAGAUAUACCACAAGGGAUGGAAAGCUGUACACAAUUGACACACAUUUUUUUGAGUGGUAACAAGCUCUCUGGUAACCUUCCUGGUUCUCUCUCUAACUUAAACAAUCUAAAGAGGUUCAAUAUCUCUCAUAAUAAUGUCUCUGGUGUACUACCAGAUUUCUCAAGGAUAUCUGGUUUAGUGUCAUUUCUUGUUCAAAACAAUUCGCUAACUGGAGAGAUACCCCAAUUUGAUUUUAAGAAUCUUCAGGAUUUUAAUGUUUCGUUCAACAACUUCACUGGACCGAUUCCAGAUCUUAAAGGCCGUUUUUCAGUAGACAGUGUCAUGGGCAAUCCAGGUUUAUGUGGAUCUCCAUUACCAAACAAGUGCCCAAAGGAAUCAAAAAUCACAGUUGAGAAAGUUCUUACAUAUUCAGGCUAUAUGAUUCUUGGUCUUGUUAUUCUCAUGUUCAUUGUGUUUAAAUUAGUAAGUAACAAAAAACCGAAAAAUGAAAAAAUUCACGAUGUUGCUAAGAUGGAAUCAGGUAUAGAUAGCAGCAGCAAAAACCAUAGCAAAGUAACUUCUAGCGACUAUAAAUCGGAUGUUAUCAGGUCAGAGUAUUCGAUCACUUCUGAAACUGGGAUGGUCUCGUCGUCUCUAGUUGUUCUUACGAGUCCAAUAGUGAAAGGUUUGAAAUUCGAGGAUUUACUCAAGGCGCCGGCUGAGUUGCUUGGAAGAGGAAGACAUGGUAAUUUGUACAAGGUUAUAUUCGAGGAUGGUAUGACUUUGGCUGUGAAAAGGAUUAAAGAUUGGAGCAUUUCAAGUGAGGAAUUCAAAAGUAAGAUGCAAAGGAUAGAUCAAGCCAAGCAUCCAAAUGUGAUGGAUCUUGUUGCAUUUUACUGCUCCAAACAAGAGAAGCUAGUCGUCUACAAUUAUCAACAAAAUGGAAGUCUUUUCAAGCUUCUUCACGAAAACGAAAAUGUUGGAAGAUUUGAUUGGGGUAGCAGGCUAAGUGUUGCAGCAACAAUUGCUGAAACUUUGGCCUUCAUGCAUGAGAAGCUCUAUGCAGACGGAAUUCCUCAUGGAAACCUAAAAUCCUCCAACAUUGUGUUCAACAAGAAUAUGGAUCCAUGCAUAAGUGAAUACGGUUUAAUGAUAGUAGAACACCAAGACUACUCAUCAACAUCUUCUGUUCAGGGUGGCAGUUUUAAGUCAGCAAAUCAAAGCAGGGAUGGCACGGAUAGUACAUUCGAGGUAGAUAUUUACGGGUACGGUGUCUUACUUCUUGAGCUAUUGACUGGAAAACAAGUACAAAACAACGGAGUUGAUUUGGCGAGAUGGAUAAAUUCAGUUGUCAGAGAAGAAUGGACUGCCGAAGUUUUCGAUAAAAUUUUAAUUAAAGAAGGUGCGAGUGAAGAAAGAAUGCUUCAUUUACUACAAGUGGCACUGAAAUGUAUUGACUUUGCCCAAGAAUCAACUAGACCAACCAUGAAAGAAGUUGCGGAAAUGAUGAACAUCAUAAAAGAGGAUGAAGAAGAAAGAUCCAUAGAUGUCUAUGAAUAAACCUCAGGUACUUAUACCGUACUGCACGAAUUUCAGCCAAACCUCCUACAAACGUCUGCGACGUUGCCACCAAUAAUAUAUCCAUUUCGUUUAUCACUUUAUAAAUUGUCUGAUGUAUCAAACAUUUUUUCUGUUCGAAGCAAUUCUUUUUCGUGGUUUAA